AUGACCAAACUGCAGCUCCUGAACGCCUUCCUGACGGAGCGGCUGACGGUGGUGGUGAAGGAGAUCCUGGACGUGGUGGAGGACACGGUGACCGAGUACCGGGAGGAGACCGCCAGGACCAAGCGGGAGAACGAGAGCCUCCGGAGGCAGCUGCGGGACAUCCUGCUGCUGGAGGCCGAGACAGAGUGGCUGAGGUCGACCAGGUCCAGUCUUGGUUUUGCAUCUCCUGAGCAGCAUUCCCAUGAUCCAGAACCGAGGCCACGCUCUGAGGAGCCCGACUCCACCCUGAACCAGCCCCCGCAGCCUCCGGCGAACACGUCCAAGCCGACUCAUGAGCAGGUCGUUUCUGUGCAGCUGCUGGCGGUCCACAGCGAGACGUCCCCGGUGGCGACCCUCCCGCCGGGGGACAUGAAGGCCAGCGAGUCCUGGGAGCCGACGCUGAAGUUGGAGCCUCAGAAGGAGGCGUUUGGGAAAGCUUCUUCAGGUCCUGCUCACUCCUCCCUGAAUCCUCCCGCCGCUGCCCCGGCCCCUAAAGUCCAUGUUGAAGUCCCGGCGCUCAGAGAGGCGCCCCGGGUCCCGGCGCCACCUCUGAUCAAAAGUGAACCUGAGGAGUACAAAGUGAGUGAACCUGAAGGUCACACGGACUCUGUGACGGCGCCGCGGGUCACGCAGGCGCCGCCGGCCGUCAGGAGCAGGUCAGUGGUGGUGCGCGCAGAACGACAAGAAGCUCAUCGGAACAAGAAGGCGUGCCAGGAGAAGCUCGAUGAUGCCGCGGCGGCCGGUUACAUCCCCGAGCUGGUCCACCGCUGCCCCCGAUGCGGCGAGGCAUUCGGCCAGGCCGCCAGCCUCCGCCUGCACCUGGAGCAGAAGAGGAAGACCUACGCCUGCGACUGGUGCUGCAAGUCCUUCGCGCAGUCGGCAGACCUGCGGCGCCACCUGCGCACGCACACGGGCGAGCGGCCGCACCGCUGCACCUUCUGCUCCAAGAGCUUCAGCCAGAGAGGAAACCUGCGGCGCCACCUGCGCAUCCACACAGGCGAGCGGCCGUACAGCUGCCCGUACUGCUGCCGCACCUUCAGCGAUGGCGAUACAAUGAAGAAACACAAGCGCACGCACUCCGGAGAGAAACCGUACCGCUGCGUUCAGUGCGCCAAGACCUUCACGAGCGCCAGCGGCCUGCAGAUCCACCUGAAAAGGGACAUGUGCUUCGUGGCCAAUGGCUGAUUGGUCCGUUAAGGAGAGCGCCGGAUCACACGACAGGAAGUGAGCAUCACAGGCCGGCGGUCGAAAUACAUUAAAAAAAUACAAUUCGCAUUUAGAAAUAUAGUUUCUGUUUUUACACAACAAACUGUUGCAUCUAAACAUCAACGUCAGAAUUUAAAGUUUACACCUGAAGAAAAUACUCUAACAACUAAAAAAGAGUCGGAUUUAAAAAUAAUAAUGACAAUUAAAAUACUCAUCACUAGUGAAACAUCCUGCAGUCAAAAUGUUUAGGGGAAAAAAAAUUAUCAGCAAAAUAUAUUUUUGAUAUCAGCAGUAAAUAUUACAAAAGCUGAAGGCCACAAUUAAAAUAAAAAUACUGAAAAUGCUUUAAUAACCAUGUAUGAAGGUAAAUGAUUAAAAACAACAUCACUUUAUGAACUGCAUCAUUAAAAACCCGGAGAAAAUGAACUAAUCUUAUUAUCCAAUAUUUAAGACUAUCUCUUCUCAUAUCAGGAUAUCGAUAUUAAAUAACAAUUAAAUUCAGUAUAUUAAAAAUUAAAUAAUAAAUGCAAAUAAAUACAUAAAAAAUCAUGAAAUUACUAGUCGCAUUGAAAAACUUACUGUUGAUAUUAAAAAUAUAUUUUGCUGAUACUUUUUGUAUAUUUUAUAUGUAGGAAUUUUGGUAAAUAAAUCUUAUAAUAAUAAGAUUAAAAACCAAAACAGAUGCACAUAAAUAAAAUAAUAAACUGACAAUAAAACCAUCUGUACAAUAUAUGUGUUCUCAAAAUGAAAAAAAAUUAAUUUUUGUGAAAACAUUUCAUUUACGGCUCCUUUCAUAACAGUACAUUAAUAUGUAUAUUAUAUAUAUUAUAAAUAAAUAUAAUAUUAGAGUAUAGCUGGUGAUCUGGGGAAAAUUAGAUAUCACAAUAUUUUUGACAAAAUAUCUCAAUAAUUGUAAAAUUUUAUGGUUUCGACUUUCAGAAAAUAGAGAUUUUUUGAUAAGUAAUCAUCAGUAAUUAAGUAAUGGCUAAAAUAUUAAAACAGAACAUCACCAAUGUCCCGUUUCAUUCAAUCAUAUAAUUUAUAAUCUGACCAAGUUUUUAAUAAGACAAUCUGAGUUUAAAAACUUGCAUAAAAAUGUUUAAUCACAUUUGUUUUACCUACAACAAAACAUUUUCUGGAACCUUUUAAAUUUGAACCUUUUUUUAUUUAAUUGCAUAAUAAGUUUUCCCCAAAUCUGUUAUUUUAUUUAUUGAGGAUAUUUUAAUACAUAUUUUUUUAUUCACAUUAAUGAAAAAUAUAAAUACAAAUUCAAGUAUUUCUGCACUUUUGAGGCUGUUCAUGUUUGAUUUAAUUUACUAAUUUUUAUUUAUCUUAAUAUUUGUCUCACAUUAAUCUGUGAAUAUUCUUCAGAAUAUUCACAGUGUUCCUGCAUUAUAACCCUGUUCUGUUAGAAAUAUGUCAGAGCCAUAAAUUGUUUUUAAAAUUACAAUAUCUUUUAUUGGACAAUAUAUCAGCUAAAAAAAAUAGUUAUUGUGACAGGCCGACCCAUAAACUCAAAAAAGCAGCCAAAAUAAUUAAAAAAAUUUAAAUUAAAAUGUGAGAACUUUUCCUGGAGAAUUUAACAUAUUAAAACAGUUCCACGUGUUUGAUGUGAUUCUUUGUUGUGUAAAAAAAAAACCAAACAUUUGUCGUGACGCAGAAAUCAGAUGGUAAACAUCCUGCUGAGACUCUAAAGCAUUUUGUUUGUUUGAUUGUUUGUUUGUUUGUUUGUUUCUCGGCAGCUACUCCGCCGUCAUCGUAUUUAUUUAUGUAUUUAUUCUAUUGAGACUUCAGCUGCAGGAGGAAACACAAUGAUUAUUAUUUAUUGACAGUUUUUUAUCUCUCUGAUCGUCAGUAUUUGAUCUUAUUUUGUAAUAAUGUGAAAUGUUUUUUUUAGACAAAAUAAAUGUUCAGUGAAACUGUCGUGCCUCAGAAACGUCUUUUCUCUUUCUCUCAUUAAA